UCCUACACCCCUCCGAAAGUUCUCAAACGCAACAAACUGCUUGUGCGCCUUCCCUUCCCUCCCGUACCAGUUCAGAGGCAGAGGCUCAGUCCCAGAGUCCAACUCCAGCUCCAGCCAUACACCCGUCCGUACACUCGUACAUACGCUUGAAAUACGUAUUCAAUUAACAAGUUUUAGUUCCUUAAAAAUGGAUUCGGGUUCGAAUGGUGAUGGACCCACUUCGUGGGAAGAACUAUACAACGUAAAUUUGCUCCCAUCAGAGUUGUUUUUGAAGUUCAGGAAAGAGUUACAAGGUAUUCGUGUUGGUCUCAACUUGGAGUUCUAUAAUGCUCCCAUCAAUGAAUAUCAAGCAAAGCUUGUACUAAAGCCCUUAGCACCCGACCGAAGAUGGAAGUUCAUCUAUGAGCCUACUCAUCAGGAUGUGCGCCUUCUUUCAAAAAAGAUCCCUAUAACGAAAUUUCUUAAUCUCCAGGUUGGUGUAGGCCACAGUUUUCAGUUGAAUUCAACUGGUUGGAAAUGGAAGCUUACUACAUGUUUGGGUGGAGAUGGCAUAUCUCGGAUUCGGAAUAAAUCAUCAAUUGGCUUGUUUCCUGGCAUGGAUUUGCGUUUUGGGUGGAGGGCAGAUUAUGUUCUUCCAGAAAUUACUGGGGCGCUGGGAACUGGUGAACCGUUGUUCAACAUGAAUUCUGGAAAGUUGCAAGCAUCACUUGAUAGAGUUGAGGCCAUACUAACCCACAGUGAUACAGCAUGCUGAUCAAGUCAGAAAACCAGCAGGAUCAGCAGGAAACUGAAAAAGAUGCCAAUACUUUAGGCUUCCUGAAAGAGGAGUACUUUAGGCUUCCUGAAAGAGGAGAUUCAUUGAUCUUCACUUGGUUUGCUGUUUGAAUGGAAUGCAAGGGUCCAGUAUUGAAUUGUAUAGCUAUCUGUUGGUGGGGAUGCACAGUUGGUUGCUUCAAGUUGUAAAUUUAUCAGUGUAAAACAAGUCAGUUGAUUAACUUACUUCAUUGUACUGGUGGCCUGUAUGUCUUUUGAAUGACGAUCCAAAAAAAUUCCUUUGGGAGAUGUACUAAUUAA